AUGGCUUUUCGAGGAACUAAAAAUGUUUAAAAUUGGAUUAAUAAUAUAAGAAUAAAUCGCAAAUGUUAUAAACACUGUACAGGUUGUAAAGUCCAUAAAGGCUUUUAUGUUGGAUUAUAGAGUGUCUUAAAUUAAUCUAUUGAAUGUAUAACAAAUCUCACUUAAAAAUAUCCUACAGCUAAUGUUUAUAUUAUUGGACAUUCUUACGGAGGAGCGUUAGCUACUUUAUUUGCAUUCGAAUUGGCAUUUUUAAAUUUAGUUAAUAAUAGAGGUAUGAUUUAUCAUUAUACUUAUGGAUCACCUAGAGUUGGAAACGAUAUUUUUAAUAAAAUUUCGAUAACCUUGUAAAAAAUAGCUAUAGAACUGUAAAUAAGAAUGAUAUUGUACCUCAUGUUCCUUCUUCUAUUGCAGGUAUGUAUAGACAUGUAGGAACAGAGGCUUGGAUUUAAAAGAUGA